UCCCCCAUCACUCUUACAACACUCCUAAGAAUGGGGUGCAAUGUCUCGAGGGUAGAGGCCAAUGGCGUCUCUUUGCCGGCCCGGCUGCUGCCGAUCUUCCCCAUGCGUCUGGGGCAGAUCAGGCAUCGCAAGCACGGCACCCCCUUGAAGGAUCCCACCCCUUCCCAAAAAAAUUUGCUUCUCCAUAAGGAUGAGGAUGACUAUGCUUCCAUCCGUUCUUCCAUUGCCUCCAGAACAUUAGCCUCUUCCCUCCAAGAUAGCAUUAGAAACCCCAAUCUCGUCGAACAAAAACAAAAGGAGAUUGGCUUUCGUGAUGAUGAGAAUGACGAUGAAGGAAGCUUGAAAAAGUGUACUAAAAACGAUACGAAAGACAGCCCGAGAGAGGAGGGGAAUGCCAAGAUUGAGGAGGCUGUGACAGAUGACGAGGAGGAUGAUGACAACGACGACAAGAGAAUGAUCGGCUAUGAGGAUGAUAAAUCCUGUCCAGGGUCGCCUAGCUUUCGAGUAUAUUUCCAUGAAAAUGGAGAAGACGAAAGCAAUGAUAUUGGCAAGACUAAUAAUAUUGGUGCCUCCAGAGAAACUACUGUUUCGAGUAAUUGUGAUGGCUUAUCAUCAAAGAUUGUGUUGCAGGGAUCGUCUGAUCCAGACAAGAAAGUGAAGAGAGGAAGAAAAAAGAGGAGCUUUGUAAAGAUAUUGCCAAAGGGAGGACAAGCCGCAGUCAAGAAUCUAUUGAAGGUGAAAUCGUGCUGCACGUCGACUCGUUCCUCCCGCGACCACGCCCAUCUUCUACGAACAAAAACAUCCACUUGAAACCGUGCAUGCAUGCUGAUUGACAGAGGAACCGCGGUCCUCCUCACAGUUUGGCCUGGGUUUUUUUCUCUCAUACCCCCAUCUAUUUUUCCUUCAGCUAGAGGAAAAAUCACCUAAGUAUACUAUGUAUCGGUAGAGGAAAAAUCAGGGAUUGUAAAUUGUAAGUUUCAGCAUGUACGGAAGCAUAGCCCAACCUAAACAUCCAAAUUGAUUCUUAAUGAAAUAAAAUGGAAGAGUAUGUUGUUAUA